CGGGGCUUCAUCUUGUGUACUACGUGUGCUUUAGCAGUUAGCUUGCGGCUAGCGAGUCUGGACCGCCGCUGAAUCACAACCAUGGUGCUGCUGGAAAACGAUUCGUUCCUCACAGAGCUCACUCGGCUCUUCCAGAAGUGCAGGUCCUCCGGCAGCGUGGUGAUCACACUGAAGAAAUAUGACGGCCGGACCAAGCCGGUGCCCAGGAAAGGAAGCUCGGAGUCAUUUGAACCGGCGGACAACAAGUGUCUGCUCAGAGCGACGGAUGGCAAGAAGAAGAUCAGCACAGUGGUCAACACCAAAGAAGUGAUCAAGUUCCAGAUGGCGUACUCCAACCUGCUGCGCGCUCACAUGGACGGACUGAAGAAGAAGGACAAGAAAAGCAAAAGCAAGAAAACCAAGGCCACGCAGUGAGCCGGGACUCGUGAGUCAUGACGGCAGGUGGCAUGAACUGGCCAGGACCCGCCUGAGGAGACACCUCAGGACCACCGCGCCUCUGUUUUCGUGACCGGGGGUGGGCGCCUCGCCUCACCUCGUGCUGACGGGUCGCCAUCAGAGGAUUCUUGUUGGACCUUCUCCUCUCUGGAGGACGACCUCAGCGCCGCUCUGACCGCCUUCGUUCAAACUAUUUAAGUUCGGUCUAUAAACCAACAGCUUUUUUUUUUUUCAUUAACUCUUAACUUUUUCUGUUUCGUUUAGAAUGUAUCAUGUUUUAGCUAGUAUUUAUUUGAAUUGUACCUUCUCUCUGUCUGUUGGUUUGAAGGUCCCCCGAAAUGACUUGUAAAGAAGUUCACGUGAUUCUCGAUGGAAACGAAGAGCACAAACGUCUUCAGCCUCAGUUGUCUUUGUCUUCAGUGCGGCAGAAUAAAGAGCUUUGUCGAGCCGCUUGGUCGUCCGGUCCUUGCGAGGCUCAGGAUCAGCAGCAGGAGUCGGCUCACAGCGCGGUGUUCUUCUUCUCUGGACGCUCCUUCGGGGACACCGCUAGGUGUCGCUGUCUGUCGCUCUCCUGCUGGUAGCCGCUCCUCAUCAGGCCGAUCACGUACAGGAACAACGUCUGCAUGGCAGAAGGGCCCCGUUGACAUGUUGGUAGCGCGGUAACGGAAGCGCUCGACAAGAGGGCAGCAGCUACUGAAGAUAAAUUCAUUAUUUCUCGCGUACUAUGAAACCAUGAAUGAAGGUGCUCAGAUCUAAAUCUACUGUAUAAAGCCACACACAGCAGAUUUAUAUCACAAUUAAAGUGUAUAUUCAAUA